CCGGAGGAGCGAGUGCGACUUGCUAGGAAAAUGCUCCCCUGCCCCUCCCCCCCUCCCGGCCUUGAGUUCUAGAAUCUCUUAUCUCCUGGCUACGGGACUGCGGAAUCCUCGCAAACAAGGGUUUUAUAGCAACGGGUAGCGACGCCGCCCAGGGGGAUGGAAUCCACUCGUACCAGGAACAAGGAGAAAAAGGGCAGCCAGCUGUCCCAAGCUACAACAUUCUUGGGUGGAGGUUCGAAGGCUUCAUUAUCCCAUUCUGAGGAAUUUCUGACCCAGAUCAGUGCAGAACUCACUGACGAGGCCUUGUUUAUUGCUGGUUUCUACAAGAACCCUGUGCCGACCAAGGAAAAGCAGACGCAAGACAAAGGAACUCAGAUGUCCAAACACGUGAUCUUCACCAAGACUCGAGGCACUGACACCUGCUCUGAUAGAAACCAUGCCUGCACCAAGGCAUACCUCCUGCCCUCCCCUCAUGACAAGGGAGCUCUGCCUAGCAGCUUGACAUCUGGAGGAUGACCCCAACGCGCUCUAGUGCUGCUCUUGCCCUUUCGUGCCCUCCCCCGUUCUGUCCCUCUAGAACAAGCCUCAAAGCUCCUCUUUCACAACUCAUUAAUCACCUCAAUUUGUGUGUGUGUGUUGGGGUGGGGAACUCCUGGUCAUGAGCAGCAUCCUCCCUGAAGCCUCCAAAAUGUUCUGGAAACAUCAGACCCCUUUCUAUUCGAAGCUGGAAAGGACAUCACCAGAAAUCCAAGACUUUAAUAAAGAGGCAGAGAUCCUUCCCUUCUUCCAAC